AUGGCGGAGGACACGAGGGAGGCGGGGGUAUUUCCUGCUCUACGCAUUUCACAGUUGGAUGCCUCUGAGCUGGAUCAUGAAGUUCACUCUAUUUUCAAAACUCAGCUCCUCAAGGCAUUCAGAUAUUUCUCACCAGGGUUGCUGACUAAAAUUGAACCAGAAAUAAAUGCCGCAUUGAGAUUGUUAGUUUGGAAGUUUUCUCUGGAUGCUGUUGAAGCUACAAUAGGACAACAGAUGUUAGGUCUGAGAUACAAGGAUAAUACAGGCAGUUCCAGAUGCGUCAGGUGGAUAUCCAGAAAGCAGAGGAUAUGGUAUGCUGUCCUCACUGUGGGGGGGCCUUGGUUGAAGGAGAGAUCACAUGACUUGUCAAAAAUGACACAAAAUAUCAGGCAUAUUGACAAGUUCUGGAAGCUGUUAGACUGGCUCAGUGACCUGUGGAAAAUUGCCACACUUGCAAACUUUCUCAUCUUCCUACAGAAAGGAAGCUAUCAAAUGCUGAUAGAGAGAAUUCUGGGAAUUCAGGCAGUAUUUCCCAGAAUGCAAGAGGCUAGGCAGGUCAGCUUUGACUACAUGAGCAGAGAAUUGCUAUGGCAUGGAUUUGCAGAGUUUUUAUUCUUCAUGCUUCCUCUCAUCAACUUCAGAAAAAUUAAAAAUGCCGCAUUAAGGCUCCUGUUAAGACCAUCCAGCCCUGGGGAGCCCUGUGGUCAACCCAGGUGUCCAGCAGAUUACAAGGAGUGUGCGAUAUGUGGACACUGGCCAAAUAACCCACACCAGUUAGGAUGUAGACAUGUGUUCUGUUAUUAUUGUAUACAGAGUAAUGUGAUGGCUGACCAGUCCUACUCCUGUCCUGUAUGUGGGCAGUGUGUGGAGGAGGAAAGUGGCAUCCAACCAGUAAGAAUGGAGGAUACAAAGGACUUGUAGCCAAUAAGAAAAUGAGAAUCAUUAUAUGCAGAAAACCUUGACUGAAGCUAAGAAACCAACCUGGUUAGAUGUGACAGUAGCACAUGAAGCAUCAGAUCUGCUUCUGACCAAUGAUAUUACUGUAUUCUUAGAACAUGCAGAUAGAUUCUUUUUCCUUGUUCUUGGGAGAUGUCGACACUGAGAUGUGGAUUUUGUGAAACACUACUCUUAAGCAAAAAGCCAUUUAUGUAUGAGAGGACGAGUUAAUUGUGAGGAAGUGCUAUCCUGGGGAGUUAAAUAUUGUGCCAAUUUAUAGUGGUUAUUAAAUCAGCCACUAUCAAUUUUUCAUAAAUUAAAAUGUUAUUUUCCUAAAUAAGUUGUGA